CUGAUGGGAGAGUGCAGUUCAAACGACUAGGCCAACCUUACACGAUAACCUUGAGAGAUCUAGAUAUCCAGCAGCACAAACUAUUAUAGUUUUCAUUGCUUCAUUGUCAAACCUACAGAACUCUGCCAAGGACCUCUCACAGUUAUGGCUGAAAUGGAGGGACCUGAAAAGCCGCAGUUGGAUGAACAGCCAGUAGCACCUCCUGCACCACAGCCUCCAGCAUCUCAAGAUGACCCAACGGUCGAAACAGCUGAAGAAGCAGUUGAACCACCAGAAGCAGAUAUCAAUGAGCUCUGCAAAGACAUGUUUAACAAAAUGUCCUGCUAUCUCACUGGGGAACUAUUAGCCACAUGUGAAGACUACAAGCUCUUAGAAAACAUGAAUAAACUAACAUGUUUGAAGUACAUGGAAAUGAAAGAUAUAUCAGAAAAUAUUAGUAGAAAUCUCAAGGACCUGAACAAAACCUAUGCAAGUCUUCAGCCAUAUCUGGAACAAAUAAAUCAGAUUGAAGAACAAGUGGCAUCUUUGGAAAAUGCGGCUUAUAAACUAGAUGCCUAUUCAAAGCGACUAGAGGCAAAGUUUAAGAAACUGGAGAAGCGAUGAAAAACUACCUGAAAAGAGUACAUUUGGUAUUGCGAAGAGUACUCAGAUGCCAAAGGAGAAGAAACAAAUAAAAAUAAGUGUUUAUUUCAUUAAACAAUAUUUAAUUUA